UCAUGAGCUCAUGACGUCAAGGUGAUGCAGUGGAGUCCAGGCCAGACGGACCAUCUCAUUGGGCAGGGGAUGGAGCUCCCAGCAGUAAGGUAAGGUUACCUACCUGACCGAUCCAUGGAUGCUCGACUGCGAUCGACACACUGCUAAUAAUAAGACUCUGAUUGUCGCGUUCUGCUUCCAUGCGUGCGUUCAUACUAUCUACGAGGACUGUGCCCGCGUACCUUUCACGGGCUCAUGGGUCGAAGUGGCUGGUUUUUAUUUUCUAUAGCCAGGUCCCACCCCUCAAUGCCUCAGGCGGAGAACUGGGGGAAAGAGGAAGAUGGCUCCAAAAACAAGCUCAGGGCUGGGCCCCUGACGGUGAUGCAUCACAUGUCCGGGGGUCCUUCAAUCCCCCGAACAACCCCAUAAGAAGUAGUAACCUCAAAUAAUAAUCAAUGGCUUGCAACUUCCGACAGGCAUCGGGCUCAU